GGACAACGUUAUUAUAAGCGGCCCAUACCAGGAUUUUCGUCAUUCCGGGCGUAAACCAGGCUGUCGAGGGAGAUCAAGACAUUGCAGUAUUACACAAAUAGCUGUCGAAGACGAAAAUGGCGAGUUCCCAAACAAUCUUCAAUGGUGCCAAGAAUUUCAUUAAAACCGAGAGGGCUUCUGACGGAAAAUAUAUGCCGGCGUUGAAUAAGGAGGCGCUUGAUGAAUUAAAGCAAGUCACUCAGAAACUUGUGGUCGUUUCGGCUGUUGGACCUUACAGAACUGGCAAAUCCUAUUUACUGUCUAGGUUGUCCAAAUUGGUUAAGGGGCCAAAGUUUACAGUUGGCCACAAGUCCGAGCCUCAAACCAAGGGAUUGUGGCUGAUGAUAAUUGAUCACCCAGGCUUACCUGACUGCAAGCUGGCUCUGCUGGACACAGAAGGCGUCGGCGAUACGAAAAAGGGUGACACGCAACAUGACGCGAUGCUUUUUGUUCUUACCUGCCUUCUGUCCGACACCAUGAUCUACAAUGGAUCAAAGGCAAUUGACGAAGUUGCAUUUGAGAAGCUGAAGUAUGAUGAGGCAAAUUCACACGUCAUAGGAGGCAGUACGUUUAUUAUGUACAAUAACGUUUUUAUCCCUUCCUUAACUUCGCCUAUCUUUACUGCUGAAAUGUCGAAGUACUUAAUUUCGAGAGAAAAGAAUGAAGGAGAUGAUGACAACUUCUAUAAGUUCUUCCCAGAGUUGAUAUACGUCAUUAGAGAUUGCCACGUUGGCCUGGAAGAGAACGGGAGGGAAAUCACGCCAGACGAGUACUUCGAGAGUGCCUUGACUGUUGACAGCAGUGAUGACAAGACAGGGCAGAGGGCGAAGACACGGAAUUCAAUCAAGAAGUACUUUCGGCGAAGGAAAUGUUUCACCUUGGAUAUACCAGCAGCCAAAAAGAGUGUAUUGUCAAUGAUGGACACUAUUGCCGAUGAUCAACUGAAUGAGGACUUCAUCGGAACCAUGAAUAAAUUGCUUCAGUACAUCUUAUUUGAGAGCAAGUCCAAGGUGUUGCAGAAUGGAAGACAAAUAAAUGGCCGUCAGGUAGCCAUUUUGGUCGAGACUUACGUCAACGCCUACCGUAACAAAGAUGUUCCAAAUAUCUCCUCGGCGCUGCAAAACCUAAAGGCAGAGGAAAACAGGAGAGCGCUUGAACAAGCCGAAUCGAUAUAUGGCCAAGCUAUGGAUAGUUAUAAACACAAAAUGCCAACUGAGUCAAAGGACGACGUUGAACAUCAGCACAAAGCCCUGGUGAGCGCGAUAGAGGCGCGGAUAUAUGCAGAUGUUAUACUCCAGGACGAUGAAAUAAAAGAGUUCAUCAAAGUACUUGAGGAAACUCUCAACGCGAAGAAAAUAUUCUACAUCGAAGAAAACGAACGUCUGUCGAAGGAGAAGUGUGAUACUACACUCCAGGCUUUUUAUAGACAGCUACAGGCCAAGAAGGUCAAUGAGUACAAUCGUCCUGGGGGUUACGAGGAAUACCGUACUGACAUGAGCAACUUAGAGGACAAGUACAGCCAGAUCAGUGGAUUGGGCGUCAUGAAAAAAAAAAAAUUGUUAGAAUUCCUGGAAGAGAAGAGGACUGAAGAAGACGCUAUGCUGGCCAUGGACAAUGCACUCACUGAAAAGGAGAGGCAGCUCGAAGAGCAAAAGCGGAAGACCGAGCAAUCCGAAAGAGAAAAGGAAGAACUUCAAAUGCAACGAAUUGAAGAAGAAAAGAGGAAUGCCGAAUUAUUGGAAGACGGUCAAAAACAAAAUGAUGAAAAGAUAUCCGAUAUGAAGCGCAAUAUGAAAGACGAGGCAGAGAAGAGGCUCAAAAUGGAAGAGGAAUACACUAGCAUGAAGGAGCAAAUGAACAUGCAGGAGAAUCAGGCUGUAGAUUUCGAGAAGCUUGCCGAAUUUAAAAGACAAAAAGAGAAGGAGGCCUCCGUCGGUGGUUUCAUUAUAAAAGGUCUUGCUGGUCUUGCAGCUGGUGUUGCUCUCGGUGUUGCAGCUGCUGUUUUUGAACCUGUACUUCUUGUCGCCGGUAUCAUGACUGUUGCGGCAGGACUUGAUAUUAUCUAAUUACAACAGUGAUUAGAGAUAAUUCGAACUGUGCCUUCUGUGACCACGCAUCACGCGCAGCAAUAAGUCUGUAUAAAAUACAAGUAAAGGACGAAAUCAGCGAUUGUAAUUGGUACCAGAGGUUACCUCACGUACACGGUGUAUAUUAUCGAAUUUUGCUUAUUGUUUAAAACAGACCCAUCGAAGACAUCUAUAAUCUCUCACAUCGUGUGACAGUUUAUCACGUCUGCAGUAUGUUUGAUAUGGUGAUUAAGCACACGUUCUUCCGCAAGAAUUGUUAUGUAUGACUUCUUUAAAUUUAUUGGAUCACGUUAUAAAACCUAUAUACGCAUAUGGAUCCAAAAUUUGGUGCCCCAGAAAAUUAUUUCAAGAAAGAUCCAAUCUGUUGAGACAAGAUUUUGGGUGCAAACAUUUACAAGCAGCCUGCAGACAAACUGAACAUAUAAUUUUUGUAAAUAUUUAUUAGACACAUCUUAGAAAGCCUGCAACAUAUUGGGCGAAUAAGGGAGAUUAUCGCUUUGAAUGGACUCAAUAACCGCUUCUUUCUGAUGUUACCAACAUGUUUAAUGUCAAAGAAUGAUGAGGCACUAAACGAAUCCAUUGCAAUAGACAACUCUAAAAAAAUUUCUUGGUAUUCAUUUAUUAAAAAUAUGGCAAUUUCUCUCAACCUUAAUCUAUCAUCAUUUAACCCUAAACUUGUCAAAGAAAAAUUGAGAGAGAAAUGUGUAGCUCACUGGAAGAAUAACCUCAGCACCACUCGUAUGCAAGGAGGCAAGCUUGAGCUUUAUUCUAGAAUUAAAAACCAUUUUCAAUAUUGUGACAAUAUUAGGAAUUGCUUAUUAUAUCUAUAAUUAGGUAUACGGUAAAAAAGGUACAGGAAAAAAAGGUA